AUGGGGAAAAAGAAACAAGAGAUGGCUCAAGUGUAUAAUGGAUCAUCAAAUGAAUUUAUUUUUGAAGUACAGGGUGGGAAAGGUAAAAAUUUAUCAUCAUUUUUGAAGAAUUUAUCUUUAACAGGAAACAGUAGUAGAGAUUCAAUAGAAGAAGCAAAUAGCAAUAUAUACGGCAGUUUGUCGUAUAAGAAGUCAAACAACAACUCAAGUCCACAUAUUAAUCAUACUCCGUCAUUACAAGGCAGCAAUUAUAGAAGCAGUAGUAGUGGGAAUAUUUCAUCAACUUCAAAAUCAGAAAGACGUGUUAAGUAUAAAGAUUCAGAUGAUGAUUGGGAUGCAGAUAUAGAGCUCAAAUCAAAACCUUCUUACUCGGGUCCCGUGAUUGAUUCAUUAUACCCUGAUUUAACUGUUCAGUUAAAUGGCGAAAACAUCAACAAAGAAUCGAUGGACAUCGAGGAUAUGAAAACAAAAAUUGAAAUUAAUAAAUUAAAUCAAUUAAAUAGCAAGUUCGCAAAGUUUAGAACAAUCUUAACAGCCAACAAUAUCAUUGACCUACAAGAAUUGAGAAAAUUAUCAUGGAAUGGUAUACCGCAUGAACUAAGAGCUUUAUCUUGGUUACUACUACUUGGUUAUCUUCCGACCAAUAAAGCUAGACAAAAUUCUACUUUGAAAAGAAAAAGACAAGAGUAUUUGGAAGGAAUCUCAAAUGUUCAAAUAGAUUUUGAUGAAGCAGAAAAUAACCUGACAUCUUCGUUAUCAAGCGCUAGCAGAGAAAAACUACUAUAUCAUCAAAUUAAAAUUGAUGUCAAAAGAACCAACCCAACAAUUCCAUUAUACACGAAUAAAAAAACCCAAAUUUCACUUAGAAAAGUACUAUAUCUCUGGGCAAUCAGACAUCCGGCAAGUGGGUAUGUCCAAGGUAUAAAUGACUUAGCAACUCCAUUUUAUCAAUUGUUUUUGAAUAAUUAUUUGUGGCAACUACAAAGGAAGAAAUUUAAAGGGGACGAUGAUGAUGAAUUAUUUAUCCCUGGAUAUUUGGCAACGGGAAAUGAUAUAGAUGAGAAAGAAAUAUCCUUACUAGACGAUCCAAAGUUAGAGCAUUAUUGUUUGGAUAAUUUUGAUACAUCAUUAUUGAGUAAAAGAGUAACAUCAAUUAUUGAAGCAGACACAUACUGGUGCUUAUCAAGGUUGUUGGAAAAUAUAACCGAUAAUUACAUACACGAGCAACCCGGAAUUAUAAGACAAGUAAAUGAGUUAAAAAAUUUAAUGACAAAGAUAGAUAAGAAUUUAUUAACACAUUUUGAAAACGAAGGAGUGGAAUUUUUGCAAUUUUCUUUUCGAUGGAUGAAUUGUUUGUUAAUGAGAGAAAUGCCUAUAAAUCUUAUUAUAAGAAUGUGGGAUACCUAUUUGAGUGAGCAACCUUUAGGAUUUAACACGUUUCAUACUUAUGUAUGCGCUGCAUUUUUGGUUAAAUUUUCAACUAUUUUGCAACAAAAGGAUUUUCAAGAAAUUUUAUUGUUUUUACAAAACCCGCCUACAUCGGAUUGGAAGGAAAAAGAUGUUGAGAUGAUGCUUAGUGAAGCUUAUAUUUGGCAAAGUUUGUAUAAGAACGCUUCUGCUCAUUUAAGAUGA